AUGACCGCCACCGGGCGCGUGUUCUCCGCCCCGAUUGAGCCCGCCUCGGGUUCGGCGCGCGCGCUGCUGGAGUCUUUCUUCGAGCAGCAACGCGCGAGGAGCUCGAGCUACGAGCGGUGGAACGGCGCGUACGCGUCGAUGCUCGCCGGGACGACGUCCGAGGACGCGUUCGUGCUCGAAACCAAGCGCACGACGGACGACAUGCGGGGUUACAGCGAAAAGAUUUUAGGCAUAGAAGAGGGAUUGAAACGACUCGAUCGCACGUCAGCGGCGAUGCUCGUGCGCGUGAUUCAACAGAACGAACGCGUGCGAUUGGAGAUGACGGCGGCGCUGCAAGUGCUGCGAAGAGCCGCGGCAAGAGAGGCGUGGUCGUGGCAACGAGGCGGCGAACGCGCGGCGGCGGAGACGACUAUGAAUUUGAAACCGUCAUGGGCGCGCACGGAGGAUUGCGAUCCGGCGGCGUGUGCGAUCGGAUGCGCGUGCGCGAAGGAUGGUCCCGAGCCGACGGAGGAGGAGUACUCGAACGCCGUCGGCGAGGCGACGCAGACCCUCGAGCGCGCGUUUGGGGAAAUCAACGACGCAAUCGAGGAGUUGAGAUACGAGCUCGAGGACGAGGUCGACGGCGGUGCGAAUUAG